CGACAUGAGCAGCAACCUCUUCCUAUCAUUAAACACACGGCUGCAGGAGAAGGCCAAGCAACUCCGUGAAUCCUACAUCGCAGAGGAUCUACACCAGUUCGUAUCUCAACUCACUACUGAUACCAAGGAUUACAGGAAACAGUUGACGAGGAAGCUUGAAGAGAUCGGUGGGGCUAACCAUUCUACCUCCUCCGUCGAUGGCACCUCAAACGAGACCGUCGACGUUCUCAGUACCAAUGAGAGAUUUGAAUGCCUCCCCGAUGAUACUAAGGAGCGCAUCAGGAUGCUCGUACGGAGUGAAGUAACGUAUACGGAGGAUGUAGAAGGAUGCAAAGUUGCUGAUGAAGAAGAGUGCAAUCGGGUGGCAUCCGAGUGGAAGAAUGAUGAGGCAGUAUCGAAGAUGCAUCAAAAGCUAGUCGACCAAGGCGAUAUUGCCAACGAUAAGUUCUGGAAAAGGUUUGCGGCCAACCUACAUCGUGAACUCAAUACGAUUGGUCACACCUCGGAUCAGAGGGCAGAAGACAGUGAUGUUGGGGGGCAUACUACACCAACACCUCAAAGUGAGAGACAAAGCACGAGCUCUCCUGAAGGACGAUUAGCUGGGAAUGCUUAUGAUGAGGAUAGUGACAAUGAUGAUGAUGACAUCAUUACUUGGGAUUAGUUUUUAUCAACUGCGUAUCAUUCACUGCAUCAUUAUUAUUUCAUGUUUACAU